ACUGACAUGCAGGCUCGGUGACAUUGGCUAUGUCUUCCGGUAGGACAGCAAAUAGGAGUACGCCAUCCAAGAGCAGUGGCAAAUAGUCAAUUGCCCCAAUUUUUAAAAAAUGAAACCGAUUUCCAUCAUCUAGUCCCACGCGCUCGGAAGCAGCCACCCAACCGACACCACCGCGCGCAGACCUCUUUCAGCCAUGGAGACGGCACCCGCACCAACCCCCGCGCCGCACGUCCUCGUCGUCCCGUUCCCCGCGCAGGGCCACGUGCUGCCGCUGCUCGACCUCGCCGCCCCUCUCGCCGCUCGCGGUCUCCGCCUCACCGUCGUCACCACGCCCGCCAACCUCCCGCUCCUUUCCCCCCUCCUCGACGCGCACCCCGCCGCCGUCCGCGCCCUCACCCUCCCGUUCCCCUACCACCCGUCCCUUCCCCAGGGCCUCGAGAGCACCAAGGGCUGCGGCCCCGGAUACUUCCCCGUCUUCAUCCACGCGUUCGCCGCGCUCCGUGGACCGAUCCUCGCGUGGGCCAGGUCCCAGUCUGACCCCGUCGUUGCCGUCAUCGCCGACUUCUUCUGCGGAUGGGCGCAGCCACUCGCCGCCGAUCUCGGCGUAGCGGGAAUCGUGUUUUCGCCGUCCGGCAUCGUCGGCACCGCCGUCCCUCAUUCGCUCUUCCGACGCCUGGUCAGGCGACCCGCGGAGAGCGACGACGAGUUUAGCGUCGUCACGUUCCCGGCAAUUCCAGGCAUGCCGGCUUACCAGUGGAGAGAGCUAUCCAUGACGUACAGGAACUACAUGGAAGGCGGCCUGGAAGAGCAGGUCCGCGAGUCGGUGAGGCAAAACUUCCUCUGGAACCUGGAGAGCUGGGGGUUCGUGUCCAACACGGUCCGGGCGCUCGAGGGGAGGUACCUGGACACGCCGCUCGAGGACCUGGGGUUCAGGCGCGUCUGGGCGGUCGGCCCUGUGGCACCGGAGACGGACGCCGCCGGUGCGCGCGGCGGGGAGGCGGCUGUCGCGGCCGCCAAUCUCAGCGCGUGGCUGGACGCCUUCGCGGAAGGCUCGGUCGUGUACGUGUGCUUCGGGAGCCAGGCGGUGCUGACCCCGGCCGUGGCGGCGGCACUGGCCGAGGCACUGGAGCGGAGCGCCGUGCCGUUCGUGUGGGUCGUGGGCACUGGGAGCGGCGGCGUGAUCCCUGAAGGGUUCGAGGAGCGCGCGGCGGCCGCGAGGCGCGGGAUGGUGGUGCGCGGGUGGGCGCCGCAGGUGGCGGCGCUGCGGCACGCCGCGAUGGGGUGGUUCAUGACGCACUGCGGGUGGAACUCGGUGCUGGAGGCGGCCACCGCGGGGGUGCCAAUGCUGGCGUGGCCGAUGACGGCCGACCAGUUCGUGAACGCGCGACUGCUCGUCGACGAGGCGCGUGUCGCGGUGCGCGCGUGCGCGGGUGGCGUCGGCGUCGCCCCGGACGCGGGCGAGCUCGCCGCCGUGUUGGCCGACGCGGUCGGGGAGAAGGGCCGCGGCGUGAGGGCGUGCGCCAAGGAGCUCGCGGCCGAGGCGGCGCGCGCGGUGAAGGAAGGCGGGAGCUCGUACGCUGAUUUGGAGGGGUUGGUGCAAGAGAUUCGGAGGCUUCGUUGAAUUCAGGCGGCUCGUCUCGAUUGAACUAUGCUCGUG